UGAUCGGUGCUGCAGAAGCAUGGAUUUGCUGGCGGGUGUUGUGUGCCUGGUCCUGGCAUGGAGCCCCGGUCUUGCCCUGGAAGGAGGGAUGCUCUACCCCCGGGAAUCGCCCUCGAGGGAGCUCAAGGACCUUGGGGGCCUCUGGAGUUUCCGAGCCGACUGGUCGGAGCGAAGGGAUGCGGGGUUUGUGCAGCGGUGGUACAAGCAGCCCCUAAGGCAGACUGGGCCAGUGAUUGACAUGCCAGUCCCUGCAAGCUUCAACGAGAUCACUCAGGAUCCAAAUUUACGGAAGUACAUCGGCUGGGUUUGGUAUGAGAAGGAGGUGCUCCCGCCUGCCCGCUGGCUCCUGAAUGAGGCUAGGACGCGUGUGGUGCUUCGGAUUGGCAGCGCACACUACUAUUCCAUUGUAUGGGUCAACGGGGUACAGGUGACGGAACACGAGGGUGGCCACCUCCCCUUUGAAGCGGAGAUCAGCAGCCUCCUCCAGCCUGCCCAACCAUGUCGCAUCACCAUCGCUGUCAACAACACCCUGACACCCCACACGCUGCCUCCGGGGACUAUUCAGUAUUUCAAUGAUGAGUCCAUGUAUCCCAAAGGCUACUUUGUUCAAAACACAAGGUUUGAUUUCUUUAACUACGCUGGGAUCCACCGCCCGGUCAUCCUGUAUACCACACCCUCAGCCUACAUAGAUGACAUCACAGUAACCACGGAUCUGGCAGAAAACAUUGGUUUGGUACAGUAUUUGUUGUCGAUACGCGGGAGCCCUCACUACUCUCUGGCUCUGACUUUGCGAAAUAGAGAUGGUGCUGUGGUUGCUACGGGAAACGGCUCGGCUGGGGAACUCAAAGUGAGGAAUCCCAACCUUUGGUGGCCCUAUCUGAUGAAUGAGCAGCCUGGGUACCUUUAUUACUUAGAGGUCACGCUGUCUGCCAUGAUGAAUGGAGAGGUCUCUGAAGACAAGUACAUCCAGCCUGUCGGUUUCCGUACGGUGGAGGUCACCCGCACCCAGUUCCUCAUCAACGGGAAGCCUUUCUACUUCCAUGGGGUCAACAAACACGAAGAUGCCGAUAUCCGUGGCAAAGGAUUGGACUGGUCCCUGAUUGUGAAGGACUUCAACCUUUUGCGUUGGCUCGGUGCCAAUUCUUUUCGCACAAGCCACUACCCCUACGCCGAGGAGAUAAUGGAACUCUGUGAUGCCUAUGGCAUCGUAGUGAUUGACGAGUGUCCCGGAGUGGGCAUGAAAGACAGUGCCAACUUUGGAAACAAAUCUCUCCAGCAUCACCUCAUCGUGAUGGAGGAGCUUAUCCGCCGGGACAAAAACCGCCCCUCGGUCGUCAUGUGGUCGGUGGCCAACGAACCAGCCUCAGAGCUGGCCCCAGCAGCGUACUACUUUAAGACAGUCAUUGCUCACACCAAAGCUAUGGACCCCACCCGGCCUGUGACAUACGUCUCAAACGCUAAUUACGCUCGCGAUCAAGGGGCACCUUACGUGGACGUUAUCUGUGUGAACAACUACUUCUCCUGGUACCACGAUCCUGGGCACCUGGAAGUCAUUCAGCUACAGCUCAAUUCAGAGUUUGAGAACUGGUACAAAACUCACCAGAAACCCAUCAUCCAGAGUGAAUACGGAGCCGACGCUGUCGCUGGCAUCCAUAGCGACCCUCCCCUUAUGUUCACAGAAGAGUAUCAAGCAGCUGUACUAAAACAAUAUCACACCAUCUUUGAUCAAAAGAGGAAGGAAUACGUCAUUGGAGAGCUCAUCUGGAAUUUUGCUGAUUUUAUGACUGAACAAGCAACAUUCCGUGUCAUGGGGAACAAGAAAGGGAUUUUUACCCGUCAACGGCAACCCAAAUCUGCUGCCUUUCUUCUUAAGGAAAGAUACUGGAAGGUUGCAAAUGAAUCCGGAUUUCUAACGUCCAAGCACAAUGUCUCUUUUCCUCAAUCUCAGACCUUCAAGUGUACUUGACUUUUGGACAGGGCUGCAGAUUCGUCUUUGUUCUGGAAUAACUUGUCAUAGAAAAUUGAACAGAAGACAAGGUAUACAGAACAUCUGUUUAAAGCUGGAAGAGGGAGACAACCAAGCCUGCUAGAGUCAAAAAGGAGCUAAAUACCUGGAAUCCCAUUCCACUUUUAAAUCACAGGAAUGCCAAAAAAUAUAGAUGAAUUACUCUUUGCCUUCAGCUUAAGAAAAAAAUACUCAUGUAUUUUUUGUCUACAUAUCAAAAUUGCCAAGAACUGUUAUAGAAAGCCAAGUCAGCCUUGUGAAAUGACCUUCCACUCGAUCCAUGAUUGUUUCAUUUUCUCACCUAUAAAUUUUAUUUAGGUUAAAAAGCUCUUCUCCGAUCAGCUUCUGAAGGAAACAAAAGCAAGUUUGCAAGGGGAAAACUUUACAUAGGGCUAAAUGCAGCUUGGAUCAAAGCUGGAAGCUUGGGGAGGUCCCAUGACGUCAUGGAACCCGGCCAACUUAUGCCUGCACAUAUAUACUUUGUUUAUACUCUGGUUUUCUCCCCAGUUGGGGACAUAAAGCAGCUUACAUUGUU